UUUUAUUAUAUAUAUAUUUUUUUUUUAACUAAAGAGCGUUUUUUUUGUCACACUUAGCCCGGUGCGACAGUGCGUGUCAUAGCUGUAAGUCGAUGAGAAAACUGAAUUUAUAUUUUAAACAAUUGUAUAUCCUUUCUCCAUUGCCUUAAUUCAAAGAACGCCUUAAUUCAAUGAUCGCCUUUUACGAUAUAUUAGUAUUGUGUUGCUCAUGAACAAAAAAGAGUUGUUCACUUAAGUGACCAACUGAACAUGUUCCUUCCAAGCUGUUCUUUUUUGUUCACUUGUUCUUUGUUGUUCACUUGUUCUUGUUGACUUGUUCUUUGUUGUUCACUUGUUCUCUACUCACUUUUUGCGCAAUUUUGCUCCUCAAAGGGCAUAUUGCGAUCUGAAUAGUGAACAACUGAGUGAGCAAGUGAGUAACUGAGCAAUCUAAAAGAGAAAGUGAGCAAUAUGAGUGAACUUACUUAAAAAAAGAAACAAGGAAACAACUUACUAAAAAAGAACAAGUGAACAUGUUCACCAAAAUGAGCAAUGUUUACCCAACACUACGAUAUAUCUAUUUUUCUGAAACAAUUGCUAGCGACGUGUGGUUGUGAAACGCACUGUACACUUUUUAAUAAUUUUUCCCCAUUUCUCGUGUUUUCUUUGCUAAUUUGUUUGUGCACGAUUUGGCAUUGUGUUUGUCCCCAUGAUUUCAUGUACGACUUAGUCCUUAAGUAGUUUCUAAGGCUGUGUAACUAAAAACUAAAAACAAGAACAUGUACUAACAAAAAAACAAAAAAGAAAACAAAAAACUAAAACCUAUGGCUUACGGACAUACCCUUUUGAUUGGUUGUUGUAUUUGAGUUUAGCGCCGUACAAUUUUUGUUUAUUUUGAAUAUGAUUUCGAGGCGAGGCGGGAUAAACAGAAAUUGGCAAGUGCACUUACUAAACGUAUAAUGAAAUAUAAAUGAAGUACAUAUAUAAUGAAUCGAUUAUAAAAGCCUAAGCUCUAAGUACGAUACAAACUAAUAUUACAAUUAAAAAUUUUUUUGUAAACCAUUUUGUAAGGCUUGAGCCUUUUGAUUUGAGCCGCAGGGUCAGAAUGGUCCCCCGAAGCGAAAGGUCAGAAGGGGCCCAAAGCAAAGGGCUGUAAAAGGCUCAACACCAAUGGCCAGAAAAGCAAAACAAAAGUGUUAAAGAAACACACAAAAUCAAAGUGAAGCAAAGCUAAGAAAAAUGAAAGCAAAAGCUGAAAUAAUUAGUCCACAUUUUAGUCUAAACAAAAACGAAACAUACCAAGAAAGGUUAAAGCUAAAGUAAAUCUACAAACUAAAAUCAAGAAAAGCUAAAAAUGAUACACGGAACACACAAAUUGUAACAUGGAUUUGCUAUAUAAAAAAACUUAAACUAAACAAACGAAUGAGAAUGAGAAUGAAAUGAUUAUCUAGCAAUAAAAAUAAACAGAAUGAUUUCAUUUAUACAGAUCGCAAGCGAUCUAUCGAUUUGGUGGAGAGAAGAGGAAUGGCGGGAGAGAGCUGUUUGCUAAUUUAUGCCAAAAAUAGGUCAACACCUGAAUAUGCUACUCGGAAAACCAGUUUGGCAGAUGGGCUGGCCGAUCAUCGCGGGCGUUCCCGAAAGUGAGAGGAAAACAUAAUCUGUGAUUUGUAUGCGAGUUUUGGGUGAUUUCUUUUCUGACGACAUCUUUUGACUGGGACUUGUGACUCAUUAUGAAUGCCAAACACAAUCCCCGCGACUAUGUGUAAACCCGUUUUGAGCGAGAGAAAAGAAGAGUGGGAGCCUCUUCAAUCAGCUGGCAACGAAAUGCAUUCGUUGCGCUGUUCAAAACAUACACGAUCACUCUCCCUGCCAGUGAUUGCCUGGGAUCCAACACGGAAUGUAUCGCAAUGUGCUCUGCCUGGUGCUGGGCCUGGUCAUUGGCAUACGACUGACCGAUCUCUUCGAUUACCUGCGACUCACUGAUAGCCGCGACUAUGCCCUCACCCAGGCCCCCGCUGCCACGCCCCAGGUCCACGCUGAAACAAAAACUGAGACGGAGGCGGACAUUGCCGCGUGGCUGUUUAAUGAAACGCGAGUGCUGUGCCUCGUGCUGACAAUACCCCAGUGGCACCACAGAAAGGCCGCAAAGGUGAAGAACACGUGGGGUUCGCGCUGCAAUAAGUUGAUAUUCCUGAGCAGCGAAGAGGACAAAGAACUGGGGGCCAUCGAUGUGGGUGUGCCUGAAGAUCGUAAAAAUCUAUAUGCCAAAGUUCGCGCCGGCUUUGCAUACGCGUACAAGCAUCAUGGAGAGGAUUACGAUUGGUUUCUCAAGGCAGAUGAUGAUACCUUUAUAAUCAUGGAGAAUCUGAGGUACUUUCUCUACCCCUACGAUCCAGAGGCCGCUCUUUAUUUUGGCCACAAAUUCCACACCGAUUUCCCGCAGGGCUACAUGUCUGGUGGAGCAGGCUACGUGUUGAGUCGUGAUGCCCUGCGGCGACUGAAUCUCUUUGCGCUGAAUAACACCCGUUUCUGUCCAGAGAAUACGCUGUCAGAGGAUCGGCAGAUAGGCAGGUGCUUGAGGAAUGUGGGUGUUGUGGCAGGAGACUCUCGGGAUGGGGAGGGACAGGAACGCUUUUUGCCGCUGUCCCCCAAGCAUUUGGUGCCCCAUUUUCCCACCACUGGAUGGCUGAGUGGCUUGGUGUUCUACAAGCCGACGGAGACCUGCUGUUCGACCACUGCCAUCAGCUACCACUACGUCAAGGACUUUGAGUUCGAGAUCUACGAGUACUUGUUGUAUCGCCUGCGCGUCUUUGGCAUACCCGUGCCCCAGCGAACACUACCCAUGCGUCUGCCACAGCAACAACUGCAAAGACAGCUGGAGAUCUGGUCCAAAGAAAAAACUACAAAUCAGAAAAAGUGAUAAUCGAAGGUUAUGUUUAUGUAGAUCACAUUGCUGUAAGAUGUGGAUGAAACGUUAAAACAAGGACUCAAAACUAUACCUAAAUCAUGUUAGAAUUUGUUUAAAUUAUAUGCGCAAGUGCUGCGAGGAGGAGGAGAAAACAAAACUGUGAUUCGAAUUGACUUUGUCCCGCUUCUUAAGCCUCAAAACAACGUCUGGGAUCUCCCCUACAGGUGGGGAUUAAUGACCAGAGCUCGUUGCAUUACUAUGGAACUCCGUUCUCUAAGGCUUGAACCAAUUUUCGGCAUGCGACAGGCUUCUGGAAGCUUUUGAGAGUAAAUAGCAAGGAAAUUGGUCUCCAGAGAGGAGAAUUUGGCAGACUGAAUGCCAUCUGAAUGACGAGGAACAAGCCUAAGGAUGUGCCAAAUAUAAGAAGCGGCAAUCGGAUUUUUCCACAGGACCAAUAGGACCGAUUGCUGCUCAAGCUCUGCCACUUGCGUACCUUAUCGGUAUCUCAAGAGAGUCUAUUGCUCUGCCAUCGCUCCAGAGGGGACUUCCUGCACGUCUGUUCUUUGGGUAUACGCUGGAUUUUGAAGGGUUAAGCGAUGUUGAAGGAGUAUAGCAGCAGGGAAACAUACUGUAUCUACUAAAGCCAUUCUCUCGCCUCUCCAUUCCAUACCUUAUGUUAGUCCCCUUUCUUCCUAUAAUUACUAAAUCCAUUAAACUGUA